AUGUCCACUCCCCUCUUCCCCGCCCAUCUACUCCCUCCCCCUCCUCCUUCCCUUGCUGCAGACCUUCUUAUUCGCUCGUUGGAGAGGGACGACCAUCUUCAUGGGCAUAUGCAGGUGCUCAACGUCCUUUCCCCCACACCGGACAUCACACCAGACGCGUAUCAUGCCAUAUUUGAUGAUAUGGCCCGUAGGCCGGAGACAUACUAUACCAUCGUGAUUCUCUCCGUCCCUACGUCCCAGAUUCUGGCUACCUCCACUCUCCUGCUGGAACGGAAACACCUCCGCUCUGGCGGCCUCGUCGGGCAUAUAGAAGACGUCGCUGUCUCCUCUCUCGCACAGGGUCGCGGGCUCGGAAAACUUCUCAUCACCACGCUUACGGGCUUAGCGGAGGGGCUAGGAUGCUAUAAGGUCAUAUUAGAUUGUGCGAGGGAUAAUGUGGGGUUCUACGAGAAGUGUGGGUUUUGGGAAAAGGAGGUUGAGAUGGUACAGUACUUCGGCGCUGCUAAAGCGGGCAAACAGCCGCCGCCUCGCGUCAAAGACGAGGAGAAGCCGAACUUGUAGUUCCCCUUUGCGGAUGCGGGGAAAGUAAGUCAGAGUUGGAUGUACGAUAUGCGCGGGAGUGUAUUUAUAUAAGCAUAGACAGUCAAAACAGAGUUAAACAAAUGUCGAGUCAUUGGCAAGAGGUGGUGUUAGGGUACUGGCUAGGAUCCCAUCCAGCAGGUU